GGCUCGGCUCGCGGUAGAAACUCGGGUUCGGUGACGCUCGCCACAGGAUACCAGAAGUGCUCCUACGACAGGGGCGUCGAGAUGUGGGCGGUCUGUAACUAUUAUUGUUGACCGUUCCGGUUGUUUUCUACUUAGUUCUCUGUGUUGACUUUGGAGACAUGCCAGUCGGAUACUCUGCAGCCGUCGUAGCCGUCAUCCCCUUCCUCGUCUUCUUUUUAGUGUGGGGCGUGACAUGUGUACAGAUCGUGCGGUUGUCAGUGCCCACGUGGGUGGAAAAUGGGACCGAGGACUCAGUGCUCUUGGACUGUGAGUACGUGUACACGGAAAGCGACGAUUCACAGCUUGUGGUACGGUGGUUCUUGGACGACGACCCCAAGCCCAUCUACCAGUGGAUCCCGGAACUGAAGACGCGGCACGUGUCAUCGCGACUCGAAGGGAGACUCAACGCAGAUUACACAGUAACGGCGAACCACUUUACGAAGUUCAGAGCGCUCAACCUGUUGCGACCGACCACGGAUCUUAGUGGGCGCUAUUCGUGCCAUGUCACAUCUCACAGCAGCCAGGACCAGAAAUCGCAGCAGAUGACUGUCUAUGCUCGUCCAAAACACUUCUUAUUCAACUUUACUCGGUAUGGGUCCACAACUAACUUCACUUGCGAAGCCACGGGCACUUUUCCCAUGGCCGAACUAUCGCUGUACCGAGUGGACGAAGACGGUGCAAGUCGCCAGGUGGCGCUGCCCAUGACGCAGCAGGUCAGCUCCAGACCUGACGGUACUUCUGUCACCAGAGUUGUCAGCCCGGUGCAGGACUCGGAUUUCGUCCGCUCUGGCAGACAUCUAUUUGUUUGUUUGCUUCACAUUCCAGGAACAGACUUCAAAAACCAAAGGCUUAUAGAGUUCUAUCCAAACUUCGAUGCAGAUGCCGCGGGUCUGUACGCUCUGAAUACCUUGUUGGUCACAGCGGGAGUCGUCCUGUGCCUGGCACUGAGGUAGACUUCGACUUCUGCAAUGACGAAAGAACAUUCGUCUUUGAAGUGGCUGAACGGCAGAUGAAGAAAACAGCUUCCUGCCGGUGAACGCCUUAGGCGGAGGGGCAUCAUCAGGCAGUGUUGUUUACGAGACUCGGGCAAGCAUUCACGCAGCAAGACUCCUUAGCGCAGAAACGCGUCGCUGUGCGAUGCGAAACGUAGAAUGCAAUGAUCACAAGUGCAGAAAGAACGCUGCAGCAUUUGCCAGACACACAAGGUGCGCUCGGGAAUGAACUUACGUACUUUGUGCAACGGACUCGGGCUGUGUUUUGUUUCUUCUUUUUCCCGUGGCGCCGUGCGAGCGCUUUCCCGUGUCUUCGAGGUAUGUAUAUUUUAGGAGCGCAUCUACCAACCGGCGGAAAGAAAAUAAAGGGCGUUGUAUUUAUGGAA